AUGUCAGGUGCGCCUGGCUCCGGGAAAAGCACCUUGGCAAACUUGCUGGCGCAACACAGCUUCAUCAACGGUGUGGUCAUCAACCACGACCUGAUCAAAUCCUGCUUCCUCGACAACGGUAUUACAUUUCAGAAAUCAGCCGAGCUCACGUAUAACCUCCAAUGGGUACUUGCCGGCGACUUGCUCAGGCAGGGACGGAACGUCAUUGUGGACAGUACCUGCAACUAUCAGGAGACACUCGACCAGGGCACUGCGCUUGCACGACAGCAUGGUUACGAUUACGCUUACAUCGAAUGCGUAAUGUCCAUAAACGACAUUGGUCUGCUCGAAAAGAGACUAAGGGACAGGUUAGCCUUGAGGAGUCAGCGAACCAGCGUGAAUGCUGAACCCGGGGAUGUGGACGCCGCCCGCAGCAGCAGCGGUGGCAAUGCACUCGCUCGCUACAAGACAUGGAUCGAAAGUCCUGUGCGACCAGACUCGGUCAUUGCCGUUGACGCAACUGGAAGCCCUGUGGACUGCCUGAGUUCCGUGCUGAGUCAACUGGGGCUUUCGACAGAAGCACCGUCAUCCAGUACCUCUAUGGAAAGUCCCUCUGCAGGCUUCGCGUAG